AAAUUAUUUUUAAAAUUCCGCAAAACUUUUUUUAAUUAAAAUUCCGCAAAAUUAUAUUCUUCAAGAUUUCACCACGGUUCGCACGAGAAGACGUCGUCCAGGGAAAAUGGCGUCAUUUGAAUUUAAAUUUAAAAUGCAAGUAAGUGACCGAGUAAGUAGUCUGGUUCUUGAAAAUGAAAAACUCGACAAGAAGCUUGCAAAAGCGCGUCGUGCCCUGGACGAUACCUCGAAGGAGAAGGUGCGCUUGGAGAUGGACACAGAGAAGGCCAAGGCGGAGUGCCGGCAGAUAAAACAGAGAUUAAAGGAGCAGGCCAAGGCGGAGUGCCGGGAGAUAAAACAGAGAUUUCAGGAGAAGGAAGAUGAGAUCUCCAGGCUGGAGACACAGAACACUGAUCUCAGAAAGAAGCUUGAGGAUGAAACCUUGAAGAGAAUAGAUCUUCAGAACAAGCUUCUCACCAUGCAGGAAGAGAAGGAAAGAAAACCAGGCAGAGGAAUUAAGAGGAAACAGUUGGAUAUUGAAGCUCUCUAAUCUAAGAGUUCUAAAAAGGAACACUAAGCAAAUCCAAAAGAAUAAAAACUAAAGAGCCAAAAUAUACCUGGAGAUUCUAGACGAACCAUCCUAACACUUUCCAGAUCAAUGGUCAACUUCGGACUCUUGAACAGUUCAAUGACCGUCCUUCGUUUCAGCUCAAGCUCUGAUCAACACCAAAGUUUCUCUUCAGAAGAACUUCAUUAAAACUCCUUAGUCCUAUUCUUGCUUUACUGUUCGUUAAAAAAUCUCUUAACAUUUCUUGAUCCUCAAUACAAAAUAUAUUAAACUUGACUUUAAAAGUUAAA